UAUUUAUAAAUUGUGCACGUUGCUAUACAUAUUGGAGCUAUACUGCGAUGGCUAUGUAUAUAUCCUUUGCUCUUAGUAGUUAGACAGAUGUCCCACGCAUUAGGAUGCACUCGUUCAUAUUAUACCACGCAGCUCCUUCGUAGGUCAUUCCAGAUGACGGGAUGGGAAUACGACUUCAACUGUAAAGCGAGCCUCAAGGAAGAAGGUUGCUGUGCGAGUCGGUGUCGAGUUGGAUCCCUAUAGCCGGACAAAUCGUGGAGACACUCGGAGAAGCCAAACAGCCCACAUGUUGAUAUAUUUCGGAGUUAAGUGUUACAGCAUCCGAACCAAAUCCGCUACGAGCUUCCUGGUUCCUAUAACUAGAUUUGUCUAUAGUUUGAAAAACAUGUAGAAUACAAAUAAAUACAACUAUAAUAAUAACGCACAAUUUACGCUCAGUUUUGGGGUGUCGGUCGGUUAUGUUAAUAGUACAUGUAGGGGGGCGCUUAAUAGAACCCGAGGCCAUGGCCUAUACCACAGGCAGUAUAUCAAGCCAAUAAAAAUCAAAGCAGCCUGGUGUAAUUUUUAUUAUAGUAUUUAACUACCAGCACGUUUUACGUAGUUUCUUCCAUAAAUACAGAGGCGGGAUCCCUGCAGAAGUGUUUUACGCGCUUGUAAAGAAAAGAAAAUUACAGUUAAUGCGCUAAUAAAAUAUAGUCUUGUGUGUGAUUUGUUUGCCCCGGACGCAUAAGAGGGGCUGCUGUGAUUUCGUUGUCUUUAUUCUUAUUUAUUUAUUUAUUAGACAAUAAAAAUUGAGAAUGCUAAAAUCCAGUCGUCAUUAUUAUGUUAAAAAUAUAAAACAACAUUUGCAUAUGCAAUUAAAACGAGUGUAUUCUAGAAAGGAUACGUCUUGUUUUGCACAUUAUUAAAUAAGCAAGGCGCUUAUGUGAGAUGAAACGACGGUGCUGCCGCCUGGCGGGUUGAUUUACGCCUCAUUGACGCUUUAUCAGACACACGGAACAACUCCGACCAAUCAUUUCGCUGGGAGCUCACAGCAACUCAGCUGUACUUUGUUGGCUCCGAAGUUGAGAAAGGCUGGUGUACAAAUCUAGAAACUGUCCUAUAUAUGUAUUUCCCCUUUUAUGAAGCGUGUUUUGUAUGAUGUCUGAGAAUGUCCAUUUCUGGAGCUCUUAGCAAUUACUAUGUCGAUUCCAUCAUAAGUCACGAAAGCGAAGAUACGACCUCAGUCAAGUUCUCCAGUGGACAGUAUGCGAGUUCCAGACCCCCGGGACUCGCUGAGCAUCUAGAGUUUCCUUCUUGUAGUUUUCAGUCUAAACCGCCUGUUUUUAGCUCUUCUUGGAAUCCUUUUAAUCCACAUUCAUCAACUGGUUUGUCUGCCGUCUACCAUCCAUACCUCCCGUCUCAGAAUGUCCCGUACCUGCGGACUUGGCUCGAUUCAGCCCCAAGGACAGACCCUCUACCCGGGCAGGGACAAGUCAAAGCAGAGCCGUUGCUGGGAUACCUCGGAGAGACGCAGAAAAUCGGAGGACAGUACAGUUUGGAGUCUUCCGCUGGAAGGGAGGUCGAUUCCAAUCAAGGCCCCGGCUUCGAUGACAAAAAGGAAAUUUGCGAAGGUAGCGAAGACAAAGCAGAUCAAAGCGACCCUUCAACUAACUGGCUUCACGCCCGCUCCUCCCGGAAGAAAAGGUGCCCUUAUUCCAAGUACCAGACCCUGGAGCUGGAGAAGGAGUUUUUAUUCAGCAUAUACCUCACCCGGGACCGGCGGCACGAACUGGCCAGGCAGCUGAACUUGACGGAAAGACAGGUCAAAAUCUGGUUUCAGAACCGGAGAAUGAAAAAGAAGAAAAUGAACAAGGAGCAACCGAAAGAGCAGGGCCCGCUUUCCGGAGAGGGACGGAACCGCCCGAUGGAUUGAUACAGAGGCCGUCACCACCCCCCCCC